GUGACUCGGCAGCCGCGUCUAGCGUCAUCAGUGACAGCCCCGAUCCUUGCUAAGCUUUGCGUCGCUCUGCCCAGAGCAGUCGCCUCCUCCUUGGCAAAUAGUCCUCGGCAGGGUCCGAGUUCGCGAGUCUUCCGAGGUGGGAAGCCGGAGAAGUUGUAGUCAAGGGACGCGGGGCGGACGAGGAGAGGGAGCUGGGGAUCGACGUCUUUCCGAGAGUGUGUGAAGUGACUUCGAAACUCGCUCCCUGCCCGGGAUCCCUCCGCCUGCAGUAGCGGUGGUGAGGCCGAGGGAGCCGCCAUUUUGGAUGUUCGGUUCCUGCUGCCACUGUUGCCGCCGCCCCCGAAGCUGCUGGUUUCCUUCGAGGUUUCGGGCCGAGGAUGCCAGCCCCCAUCAGAUUGCGGGAGCUGAUCCGGACCAUCCGGACAGCCCGAACUCAAGCUGAAGAACGAGAAAUGAUCCAGAAAGAAUGUGCUGCAAUCCGGUCAUCAUUUAGAGAAGAAGACAACACAUACCGGUGUCGGAAUGUGGCAAAAUUACUGUAUAUGCACAUGCUGGGCUACCCUGCUCACUUUGGACAGUUGGAGUGCCUCAAGCUAAUUGCCUCACAAAAAUUUACAGACAAACGCAUUGGGUAUUUAGGAGCAAUGCUGCUGUUAGAUGAAAGACAAGAUGUCCAUCUUCUCAUGACUAACUGUAUCAAGAAUGAUCUUAAUCAUAGCACGCAAUUUGUACAGGGGCUAGCGCUUUGUACCCUCGGCUGCAUGGGCUCCUCAGAGAUGUGCAGAGAUCUCGCAGGAGAGGUGGAGAAGCUCCUGAAAACCUCCAACUCUUACUUAAGAAAAAAGGCAGCACUGUGUGCUGUUCACGUCAUCAGGAAGGUUCCUGAACUUAUGGAGAUGUUUUUACCAGCAACAAAAAAUUUAUUGAAUGAGAAGAACCAUGGUGUCCUUCACACAUCUGUAGUCCUCCUCACAGAAAUGUGUGAGCGAAGCCCAGACAUGCUUGCGCAUUUCAGAAAGAAUGAAAAGCUUGUGCCCCAGUUAGUUCGUAUUCUAAAGAACCUCAUCAUGUCCGGAUAUUCCCCAGAACAUGAUGUUUCUGGUAUCAGUGACCCCUUUUUGCAGGUACGAAUUUUGCGGUUAUUAAGAAUUUUAGGACGAAAUGAUGAUGACUCAAGUGAAGCUAUGAAUGAUAUAUUAGCACAGGUUGCCACUAAUACAGAGACUAGUAAAAAUGUAGGAAAUGCUAUUCUUUAUGAAACGGUUUUGACUAUCAUGGAUAUUAAAUCAGAGAGUGGAUUGCGAGUUCUAGCCAUAAAUAUUCUCGGUCGUUUCUUAUUGAACAAUGACAAAAAUAUUAGGUAUGUUGCUCUGACAUCUUUGUUGAAAACUGUGCAGACAGACCAUAAUGCAGUACAGAGGCACAGAAGUACAAUCGUGGACUGUCUAAAAGAUCUGGAUGUCUCAAUAAAACGGCGUGCAAUGGAAUUGAGUUUUGCCCUGGUAAAUGGGAAUAAUAUCCGAGGCAUGAUGAAGGAAUUACUUUAUUUUCUGGAUUCAUGUGAGCCAGAAUUUAAAGCAGAUUGUGCGUCUGGAAUCUUUCUUGCUGCAGAAAAGUAUGCACCUUCCAAGAGGUGGCAUAUCGAUACAAUCAUGCGAGUCCUGACGACGGCAGGAAGUUACGUUCGUGAUGAUGCAGUCCCCAACUUGAUCCAGUUAAUAACCAAUAGUGUCGAGAUGCAUGCCUAUACCGUCCAGCGCUUGUACAAGGCAAUUCUUGGUGAUUAUUCUCAACAACCCUUGGUACAAGUGGCUGCAUGGUGCAUAGGUGAAUAUGGAGAUCUUCUUGUGUCUGGCCAGUGUGAAGAGGAAGAACCUAUUCAGGUAACUGAGGACGAAGUUUUAGAUAUUUUAGAAAGUGUCCUAAUCUCUAAUAUGUCCACCUCUGUGACACGAGGUUAUGCUCUCACUGCCAUUAUGAAGCUGUCUACUCGAUUUACCUGUACUGUAAACCGAAUUAAGAAAGUGGUUUCCAUCUAUGGAAGCAGCAUCGAUGUAGAGCUCCAGCAGAGGGCAGUAGAAUAUAAUGCACUUUUUAAGAAAUAUGACCACAUGAGGUCUGCCCUCCUUGAAAGAAUGCCUGUCAUGGAAAAAGUGACCACAAAUGGCCCAUCUGAGAUUGUGCAAACAAAUGGAGAGACAGAACCAGCUCCACUAGAAACUAAACCACCACCCUCUGGGCCACAACCCACCAGCCAGGCUAAUGAUUUAUUGGAUUUGUUGGGAGGAAAUGACAUAACACCUGUCAUUCCAACUGCACCUACAAGCAAGCCUGCUUCUGCUGGUGGAGAACUUCUUGAUUUGCUGGGAGAUAUCACCCUCACAGGUGCUCCAGCUGCUGCUCCUGCCCCUGCUUCAGUGCCACAGUUAUCCCAGCCCCCCUUCUUGUUGGAUGGACUUUCGUCACAGCCUCUCUUCAAUGACAUCACCCCAGGCAUCCCCUCCAUCACAGCAUACAACAAGAACGGCUUGAAGAUAGAGUUCACCUUCGAACGAUCAAACACCAACCCCAGUGUAACGGUGAUAACGAUACAGGCCUCUAACAGCACAGAACUAGACAUGACGGACUUUGUUUUCCAAGCUGCAGUACCAAAGACAUUCCAGCUGCAGCUCCUGUCUCCUAGCAGCAGCGUUGUCCCAGCAUUUAAUACGGGGACCAUCACACAAGUCAUUAAAGUUCUGAACCCACAGAAGCAACAGCUGCGAAUGCGGAUCAAGCUCACAUAUAAUCACAAGGGCUCAGCAAUGCAAGAUCUAGCAGAAGUGAACAACUUUCCCCCUCAGUCCUGGCAAUGAGAGUCCAGCACCAUUCUCAUUCUUACCCACUCAAUCAAAGGAAUUCUGGGAAGGAGGUUGUGAUUGCUGGCAAGUCCCCCCAACUGUACCAUGGGCAUGAGGAGCUGAAGAGAGCUGCUGAGGAGGAUUUUCCUGAAGUUAUUGCUGACCUUGAAGCAUUGUUAAAGACUAAUGUCCUCUCUUCUGCUGUUGAGGCUGGCUGCUUCUGGAGGCUACUUUGCACUCUUCCUCCUCUUCUCCCUCUUCCGCACUUCACCCCUCCCACGUUUGCAGCCAGAACCAACAUUCCCUGGGCCCCUGAGGCAAUAAGCAGCUGGUCUGGAGGAGAGGACUGGAAUUCUUGACAAGAAAACACUCACUCUGUCUCUGCAGCAAAGAGUGGCCCCUUCUCUCUACUGUUGUAUCUCUGUGGACUAGGCAAGGUGGGGUGUUGAUUCCUCACUAGCUGGGUUACCAUCUUAAAGCGCUUUUUACAUCUGGCAUUUGGAAUGGAAAUGUAACAAUGGACAUUAGGGAACCCUGCCUUUUUCUGCUGGUUCUCCCAAUGUUUGAAAGAGGCAUUAGGCUCCUGGUAGCCUUUUCUGUGCAUUGCUGUAUACACACAGACACACGUGUAUGUAUGUUUGUUACUAAAAACUGGUCAGACCUUGAGAGGUUAUUUGUAAACACUGGACAGAUGCAGUUAAAAAGAGCUUUUGCUGAGGUUUGGCAUGAAGGAUAUGGUGCUCUAUUUGUACUAGAAACUUCCAAGGCUCUUCCAGCUCCCCUUCCCCUCCAUUCUUUAGCUGUAGUUAUGAACUCUCUCCAUGAUUUUCAAAAUCAGUUCCCCUUGAAGUGCAAAGUGGACACCUUCUAAAAGAUACAUGAAUAGUUAUUAAUGACCCUGGUCCCAUCACAGUGUUUCUUCCAAACCUGUCAGUUGCCUGUUUGAGUUGUGGUAAAGGGGUAGAAAGAGGAGUCCACAAAUCGUAAGGACUCCUUGACAAAACACCUUUAUCCAUAGGACGGCAGAACCAUACUCGUCCUGGGGCAUAUUGGUGUCAUCUUAUUCAUUUCUCCAAACCUCCCUUUUAAUUUCCUGAGCCUGGCUUGGACCUUGGCAUUCCGUUUGAAUUCCUUCUUCUAACUGGAACAUUGUGUUGUAUCUGUAACACUGGCACUGAAAUAAAGACCACACGGUUAAAGAAAUCUUUCCUACAUUGUACUUUAUGAUGUUGAAACGAAGCCUUGUAGCUUCCUUGCCCCCUAUGUUAGAGGACAUCUUAUGGUCAUCAUAAGGUAGAACUAUCUUUUCCUGAGCCCGAGAAAUUGGUCUCCUGAAAGAAAUCAAUCUCAUGAUUGCAUUAAAGAUUUGAGCUUUUUAUAAAAUAUUAAGAGUGCCGAAUGCUUUUUAGAGAGGACCCUGGUAUUACCAAACUUUAAUGUUGACUUGCUGGAAUGAGGUGAUGGUGACUGUCCUGUGGCACAUGUUGAAUGUACUGUGUACGUUCAGAUAUACAGGCACUGUGUCUAACAUACUGCAGGAGAAAGAAGAAGUGAGGCCCACCUUGCAUGUAAAAGUUUUGCAGUUGUUACUGUAUUGUACAGUAUAAUGGCUACUUCGGCUUCAAUUUUAAACCUUGAUACAAAUCUCCUCCCUAUUCCAUUUCACCAAGCCUUUAUUUAAGAUCUUCAGUGUCUUGUCAAACCUAGCUCUGUAUCAGAUGCUAGACUAUUCCUAACAUUUGACAAACUGGAGUUGAACUAAAGGCUCCAAAAGAGAAAGUUUCUGGUCUUACCGGUCUUAGAAGAGCAAGAUCUGCUGAAACUUAGUCUACUGGGUAAAUGGUUGGCUGAGUUAAGCACAGGAUAUUAUUUCCUGUUUUCAGUAAAGCAAGUGUGAACUAGUGCAUACUUCAGACAACUGUUCUGCCUGUGCAAUGAAAAAUAGCCUUUAAGAGUUUCUUGCAGACGGAUUUCAUUGGAUAGAUAUUUAAUGCUGUGAAACACGAUAGGAUUACUGUUAUAUUGGUGGAUUUCUUGAAUAGAAUUUGUCUUAACAUUCCUCUUUGUGUGGAGGCUUUCUUUUCUCCCUUACAUUUGUAGCUAACCAGCUCAGGUGUUUGUUUUUGUUUUGGGUUGAACUGAAUUGUAACUGAAGAAAUCUGCUCAAGACCAAGCUAAAAGACAGUGCUAGCUGAUGGAGCUGGGAAGAAUCUACUCUGCAAACAAAGCAUCUGCCUGUGUGGUCAGAGUUUUGAGGUAGAGUUCAUGAUCAUCCAUGACUUUGUGGAGAAGGAAUAAAAAUAUCAUGGCCUUAACACAAAGGGUGCUGUGUAGAGUAUGAAUUGAUAUCAGAGACUGAACUUGAGCACCAUUCUGAAGAACUAGCAGCUAGAUAACUGCCUAGGACACGGAUGGGAUGAAGACUGUGUCACGUGAUUGGAUCUUUGAAAGCUUCAGCGUGCCUUCUUAGUUUCUAGGAUCAGCAAUUAGUUCUCCUCUCACUUGGCCUUGCAGCUAAAAGGGGAAUCUCUUCAUUUCUGUGAAUGCCUGCACAUUUCAGUAAUUCCUUUCCCUCGUGUCACCCUUCAAGGGGAAGCAGAUUUGGAUGGAUUUGACAACCUCAGAGCCAUUGUGAAGAAAGUGAUUUCUGGGACUUUUGAAUAAACAAGGUGAUAAGCAGUGAGCCCCACUGACUGACAGUUUCAUGCACAUGUACCUCAUUAUUGUCCUCUUCGAGUAGUUUUUAUACCAUCCUUCCUUCCCAUCCAGAGUCAUCUGAAGAAUUCAUCGAAGUAAUCUCAGAAAACUGUAGGAAGGGUGCUCUUUCCUAAGUUUCCCCCACAUGCUUUGGUGCUGUUGCCCUGAGGUGGUUUAGGUAGCCGUGGAAGGUUUUGCUGUGUUCUGUGAUCAUCUGGUAAUUUUAAGAUCUUUUUUUUUUUUUCACUUACAGAAACAUUCCUCUGUUGAACAUUUCAGAGAUCCUUUUUGCUCAGUUAAAGGUGUGGUUCUUACCCUGUGUUUGUCUCCCUCAUAAAUGAAAAUAGUCUUUUACAACUUGUCCAGCACUAAUAGUUUGAACAUUUCCAUCUACUAUACAACACGUUUUCCAUUUCUAUGUCCUAGAAAAAGUUGGAGUUGGGAAAUACUGCCUUUGAGGUUCACUUUCGUUGUCUUCUACAUUAGAAUAUAUUUGGGUUAUAAGAACUAGGGGAAAGACGGAAUUUGAAUGUGUAUUUUUUUUCCCCAGUGAAUGUACUUUAACCACAGUGUCCUAAACUGAGAGUUGGAGAGCAGAAAAAUGCAUCUUCACAAACUUUGUGGUUGGGAGGGUUGUAUAUGUCUGUGUGUUCAUCAGUUUGGGUGUGGGGAGGAUCACUGAAGAGAGAAUUGCUCAGAAAAACCUGAGUUUAAAACACUUCUGACCAGCUUUGGCUUGGGAGGGUGGGGCUGCUUAUGGAGCUGGAAGUGCAAAACAUUUUCAAGUAGUGGCAGUGAGUGGGUCCCACGGACAAGGUUCCGUUCCCAGAACCUGAACACUUAAGAAAACGCUGAAGCAGCUUGAAGCAGCCCAGCAGUUGCUUCAUGAUUCUGGCUUCCAGAUGGAGCCUUGGAGACUUUUCCUUUCCCCCAAGAACCUGCAUUUGCGCUUUGUGUGUUUUGUUUUUGUUUUUAUUUGGGGACCACCUGGGAAAGAGCUUCUGAACUCUUUCCUUCGUGAAACCCCACUGUGUUCCUGUAAACUCCUUUUUCUUAUACAAUGUUGUGUUACAUUUUCAUUAAGCCCCAUCACAUCUUCUUUACUGUAAAAUUAUUAAAAGGCUGUUUCCAAGUGGGACAGCUAAUGAAGUUCUAAUUAUUGCAGACAUAUUUUUGAGAUGUAAAAAAAUUUAAAAUGAAAUAAGUCUUAGAGGCGAGUGAGGAAUAAAAUGGAUGUAAACAUUUACAUGGGAUGCAUUAGAAUUCUGCUGUGUGUAUUGUCUUUUGGUUGAAACAAAUUAUGAACAGUGACUAAUAAUAAAAAGUCAAUACUCAAUGAUUU